AUGAUGGCAUGGCAUCGACUUCAUCGGUGUGUUCGAAUGUUACGUUCAAAAUCUGGUCGAAUGAUAAUUAUGUUGGUACUAACUGUUGUUAUCGCAGUAGCUGAAAUAGUAUAUGGAUUACAAGCACGUUCGCAAUUACUUAUUGCUGAUGGUCUUUUUUCAUUUGCUGAAGGUAUUGCAUUAGUUGGUUCACUAAUUGCAUUACGUUAUGCUAAAGCAGAACGUUUACAUUCAAAAAAUACAUUUGGAUGGGCACGUUUAGAAAUACUUGCUGGUUUAUUACAAGAAGUUCUUCUUAUAUCACUUUCACUUUCAAUUAUAGUUGAUGCUGUUAAUAAAUUAAUUAAUCCAAAUCAUAUUGAAAAUGCCAAUGCAAUGAUUUUUCUAGGUGGAGCUGGAGUUUUUAUUGGUUUUUUAGGUUUAGUUUUAUUUCGUGGUUAUCAUCAUGAUCAUAAUAUUGGAAAUGAAAUCGUGGAAAAGAAAAAAGAUGAUUUUGUUCGAAGUGUUUAUACAACAUUACGUAAUCGUGAUGCACCUCAAGAAACUAAUGAAGAUCUCUUAAGUGAAAAAUCCAAUCCACCAACUCCUCAACCUAUGAUUAUUCCUGAAUUAGUUGUUACUGAAUCAACAAAUAAUAUUAAUUCUGAACAAAAGAAAAAAAAACAAUUAUCACAUGAUUUAAUUUUACCAUCAUUAAAUGAUACAAUUAAAAAUUCUUUUAUUGUUUCAGAAACAAAUCAUAAAUUAAAAGAAGAACGUAUUAGUGAUGGUAGUGAUCAACAAUUACGUGUACCUGAUCGUAUAUCUGUUGAAUUUACACGUCAGAGAAGUAAAAGUGGUGAUUCUGUUAUGUCAUCAACAUUUGCACUGAAUCAUAUUGGAGCUGAUUUAGAAGAUGAUUUUCAAAAAUCACGUGUUUUUGCAACUUUACAUGCACUUUCUUUACAUUCAUUGGCUGUACUUCUCGAAUCUUCAAUUGUAUUAUGUUCUGGUUUAAUAAAUAAAUAUAUUCCAAUUGAAGAUGAACAUGGAAAACAAAUCAAUUCAUGGUUAAAAUAUAUUGAUCCAUCAUUAACAUUAGUUAUGGUAGUUAUUAUUGCUAUUAAAGCUGUUCCUGUUAUAUGGUCACUUGGUCAUAUUCUUGUUGAAGCUGUUCCAUCAGGUAUAAAUACUCGUCAAUUAAUACAAACAAUAAUGAAAACAAUUCCACAAAUACGUGCUGUACAUAGUGUACAUGUUUGGAGAGCGACUGCACGAGAUAUUUUUGCAACAUUACAUGUUGUUUGUGAUGAAGAUCUUUCAUUGAGUACAUGUACAGAUUUAUUUGGACGACAAUUACAACGAAUAUUUGAAACACAUUGUAUACGUCAUUUUACAUUACAAUUUGAAUAUAUCGAGCCAGGUGGUAAUAUGAAUAAAUGUGCGUAUGGUACUCGUCGACGACAUCGAGGACAUCAGUCGACUUCAGAAGAUAAUGAUAACAUAACGAUUCAAUCACAUAUUGAUUUACAUGUCAAUUCAAUUAAGCCGGAUGUCACUGAUUUAUUACGACGAUCUGUUUAA